UAGACCUCAUCAGAGCGCCCGACUGACUGAACCUUUUCCCUCAUAAUUUUGUGGCUGCCACUUCUUGGAAAUUUACAGAGGAGAGAGAGAGAGAGAGAGAGAGAGAGUUGAAGAAAGAAAGCAAAGUCUCGAAAGAUGUGGUGUGUUGGGGCCUUGGACUCAAAAACCGUAACUCCGUCUGCCUCUAUUCCUCUUGCUGGAGCUGCGAGCAGAUCCCCUACCAAUUCCCUCGCUUCACUCCACUUCCACGGUGCCUCUCGGCGUCCCUGCCCUCCUUCCGCCGUCUCUCUUUCAUAUCACUCGUCCUUCGGACCCAAGCUCUCUUCGAAGAAGACCCUCUCAUUCCGAUGCUACGCCGCAUUAACUCCGGAGCUGAAGAACACAUUGGACAAAGUUGUUACUUCACACAAAGUGGUUCUUUUUAUGAAGGGAACAAAGGAUUUUCCACAAUGUGGUUUUUCAAGCACUUGCGUACAGAUAUUGAGGUCUUUGAAUGUACCGUUCGAAACAAUAAACAUACUAGAAAAUGAACUUUUGCGCCAGGGAUUGAAGGAGUACUCGAGUUGGCCAACAUUUCCUCAACUCUACAUUGAAGGAGAGUUUUUCGGAGGCUGUGACAUCACUGUUGAUGCAUAUAAAAGCGGGGAGUUGCAGGAACUAUUGGAGAAGGCAAUGUGCUCGUAAACCGUUUAUAUGAAGAUAUGCAAAAGGUUUCUCUUGUUUUUAUGGUGAAUGGAGGUUUAUGGAUGUUGUGGAAGGAGGAACGGAACGCGUGACUUCGGGUGCUAGAAAAGUGCUUAUAAGUUAUAACCAUUCCUUCUGUUCGGGCUUGGGACGAAUUAGAACAUUUUAUUUGAAUCCAAUAAACAAUGGACGAUAUCAAUCUCUGUAAACUUAAACUGUUGUUAACAUCGCAAUUAACGUAUAAACAUAGCCACAUUAGCUAAAGCUAAAA